GUUUGGGAAGUCGAAGGCCUCGGCGCUUCGUUUGCCAGCGCAAUGCCGGAUACGGGAGCGAGAGGCCGCGGCGAUGAGCCGGAGCCUGUGACGCCGCAGCAGCAGGCGGAGGAGACCCAGGCGGUGGACGAUCGGCGGUUGCUGCGCUCGCAGUACCUCGCCGUGAAGGGCCUUAUCAGCGACGAGAAGGAUGAAAUGGCGAGCGCGGACUCUGAUAAGUUCUGCUCCAUUAUCAACAGAGUGGAGAGCCUGCACCAGCUUGUUCAGAGGCCCAGGGAGCAAAUAGCUGACGCAGAAACCCUGCUGGACCUUACUGCUAGUUUGGUAGCAUCAGUAAGGUCCCAAUCAGUUCUGGGAAUCACACCUUCUGAUUUUAUUGCUGGACUGCUGAAGAAAUUUGGAAAGAAAGGAGGUUCCAAUGAUAAUGUUUCAUUGGACUGGGCUCGUCUUGGGCUUGCUACCUCACGUGUUUUCAUGUCUGCAUCUGGAUGUGCCACCAUGAUUGGUCCCAUGACGACAGAAGUGAAGCCACGAAGAGUUUGUAUUAGGAAGAAGAGGACUGCGAGGCCACAUGGAAACGCUUGCCCUGAACAGCUUGCUGAUCCAUCUGAGAAAACAAAGUCUGAUACUGACAAGAACAUGUCUGCUAUAUUUGAUCUCCUGAGGAGGAAGAAAAGUGCAAGGCUGGAACACAUUAUUUUGAACAGGACAUCAUUUGCUCAAACAGUGGAGAACAUAUUUGCCUUGUCAUUCCUUGUGAAAGAUGGAAGAGUUGAAAUCAAAGUGAAUGACCAGGGACAUCAUUUUGUCUAUCCAAGGAAUGCACCAGUGGCAAGUGCUGUUGCCUCAGGAGAUGUGGUCUAUAACCACUUUGUCUUCCGAUUUGAUUUUAAAGACUGGAAGCUCAUGAAAGGGGUUGUUCCAGAGGGAGAAGAGCUUAUGCCGCACAGGUCCUCUCAGACCAUAGCCAACACAGGAGGAAACAAUCCUACCCAGUCUGAGGCACCUUUGGCCACACCAAGCACAACGAUCAGGAAGCUUUGCAGGAACCGUGGCCUCAUCUUGCAAGAUGAGUUGAUCGCGACAGGUGCAUAUGGAGUCAUGGAACAGGAGAUGUUAGCCAUGGGCACGAACGACGCCAUGGAAGAUGAGAUGGUAGCUGCCAUGGGUGUGACGGAAGCUAUGGGAGAGAAGAGGAAGUACAAGCGCAAGCGUCUGUUCCAGGACGUCUGAUGCGUUGAUCCAGCUGACCGUUGCUGAUGGUGUACAUGUCUAGGUAGUAGGUAGAGAUGCCAACCCGGCUCACUUCAGCUUAGCUUACCUUAGAUGCAUUUGGGUCAAAGCACCCCAUUUGGUAUGGGUUAUGGUGGCUCUUGGAAUGGCUGAGCGUCACGUUAUUUUGGAGGUGUUCUUAAUGUUAGUUUCUGGCGUACUUAAGACUGAAGUAACC